ACAAGUAGACUUGGUGUCAACUCAAUAUUUUGUAAAACUUUAAAACGUUUUUUAAACAUAUAUCGCACCUUCCUUUGUUGUUUCAAGCUACUCAGUCAACAUGAUCAGUCUAUUGAUAUAAUUCGUCGUGAUAAGUGGAUUUAUAAAAAAAGAUAUGAAGUUGUUGUAUCUGUGUGCAAUAUUUUACACGGCAAAAGGCCAAUUUGAACCGUUGAAAAUAAAACCAGAAAAAUGUUAUGGAACUGACGAACUCAUGGACCGAAGAUGUUGUAUUUUUCCACCUUUUUUCAAACGCGAGGUGGCUAGAGCGUGCGGCGCUAUGUUUGAACUUAUAUUUAUAGAUAGUGAAUAUAAUGUUACAGGAAUGAGAAGAGAAGCCAUCAAAACUUGCGAACAUUGGCGAUGUAUUUUAAGUAAGUAUGAUCUCUUAGAUGCAGAUGACUUCGUAAAUAAUGAAAAAUACUAUAACCACCUCGACAAGUGGGUUAAUCUAAAUCAGGAAUUUAGUAUCGUUAUGACCAGUGCCAAAUUGUUCUGCAAAGAAGAAAACAGACUUCAAAUGCCAUUGAAUGUUUGUGAAUUUUUUGAUUUCCAAGGUUGUAUCAGAAACUAUAUAACCGUGGACUGUCCGAAAAUUAUAAAAACUGAAAAAUGCUUUGAAUGGAAAGAAUUCUACGAAGAAUGUAAAGAAUUCUUCAUAUAA